AUGGAGGAGGAGGAGGAACAGCAGCAGAAGCGGCAGCGGGCGCCGCCGCCGCCGCAGCCGCAGGUGCCGUGCGCGCGGUGCGGCUCCGGCGACACCAAGUUCUGCUACUACAACAACUACAACACCUCGCAGCCGCGGUACUACUGCCGGACCUGCAAGCGCCACUGGACGCGCGGCGGCACCCUCCGCAACGUCCCCGAGGGCGGCGGCAGCUCCAAGAAGAGCCACCGCAAGAACAGAAACCUCUCCCCGUCGUCUUCCUCUGUCGCCGCCGACGCGAUGAAACUUCCCGCACAGCCGCCGAUGCCGCACGCCGCUCCGGCCGUCGCUGCGGCCGCCGGUAUCGGCGCGUCCCUCCCACCGCUGCCGUCGUACUUCUACGGCGGCGGCGGAGGGAACGAGUUCCCUGCUUUUCAGAUUCCUCGCGGCGGCGUGGCGCCUCCGGGGCUCAAUCCCUUGGACGGGAUCAGCAUGCAGCGGUUGGUGCAGCAGCCGCGGUUGUCCCUAGCGCUGCGCCACCAAAACCUGCUCGUGCUCCAACAACUACAGCAGCAGAGCAACGCAGCAGAGCAAAAUCAGAUCAGACACCAAUCGAACGCCAGCAUGUUCUUCAACAUGGCAAGCUCCCCUCCUCAACCUCCUCCUCCAUAA